AUGGGUCUCAAGGGCGUCCACUUCGGUGGUGGCAACAUCGGCCGUGGCUUCGUUGCUGAGUUCUUGCACAACUCUGGGUUCGAGGUCGUCUUCGUCGAUGUAAUGGACAGUAUUAUCAAUGCUCUCCAGGGUGCUUCCUCCUAUGAGGUCACCGAGAUUGGCCCAGACGGCGAGACUAAGUUCACCAUUGACAACUACCGCGCCAUCAACUCGAAGCAUGAUGUGCAGAAGGUCAUUGACGAGAUCGCUACCGCCGACACCGUCACCUGUGCAGUUGGCCCCAACAUCCUCAAGUUCAUCGCAGAGCCUAUCGCCAAGGGUAUCGAGGCUCGCAAGUCCGAGCAGCCACUCGCCGUCAUUGCCUGCGAGAACGCCAUCGGUGCCACCGACACCCUCCGCGGCUUCAUCGAGGAAAAGCUGUCCGCCGAGACCAAGAAGAACCUGGCCGCCAAAGCUGAGUUCGCCAAUUCGGCUAUUGACCGCAUCGUGCCAAUCCAGGAUGCGGACGCCGGUCUCAACGUCAAGAUUGAGAAGUUCUACGAGUGGUGCGUCGAGGAGAAGCCAUUCAAGAAGAGCGGUGCACCAAAGAUCAAGGGCGUCCACUACGUCGACGACCUUCAGCCAUACAUUGAGCGUAAGCUCUUCACUGUCAACACUGGUCACGCAACUGCAGCCUACUACGGCUACAACCGUGGCAAGGCGUUCAUUCACGAGGUGCUCGAGGACAAGGAGCUUCACGACAUCGUGCAGGACACUCUCAAGGAGACUGCCCACCUGAUCUGCACCAAGCACACCCACAUCAGCAAGGCCGACCAGGAGGACUACGUCAAGGCUAUUGUCAAGCGUAUCUCCAACCCAGUCCUCAAGGACAACGUCGAGCGUGUCGGCCGCGCACCACUCCGCAAGCUCUCUCGCAAGGAGCGUUUCAUCGGCCCAGCUGCCCACCUCGCAGAGCAGGGUGACUCCUUCGAGCAUCUCCUCGGCGGCAUCGAGAUGGCUCUCCGCUUCCAGAACGUGGAGGGCGACGACGAGUCAAAGGAGUUGGCACAGAUCCUCAAGGACAACGACGCCGACACUGCCACUGCGAAGCUCACCAGCCUCGAGAAGGACCACCCACUCUUCGCCAAGGUUUCCGAGCGCGUCAAGAAGGUCCAGAGCUCAUAG